UCUCGGAGUGGCGCGGGGCCGGGAGGGAGCGCAGCGCAGCGGGAGCGGAGGAGUGCGCCGAGCCUGCCAUGGGCAAGUCAGCUUCCAAGCAGUUUAAUGACGAGGUCCUGAAGGCCCACAAUGAGUACCGGAAGCAGCAUGGCGUCCCCCCGCUGAAGCUCUGCAAGAAGCUCAACCGGGAGGCUCAGCAGUAUUCGGAGGCCCUGGCCAGCACGAGGAUCCUCAAGCACAGCCCGGAGUCCAGUCGUGGCCAGUGUGGAGAGAACCUGGCGUGGGCAUCCUACGAUCAGACAGGAAAGGAGGUGGCUGAUAGAUGGUACAGUGAAAUCAAGAACUACAACUUCCAGCAACCUGGCUUCACCUCCGGGACAGGACACUUCACGGCCAUGGUGUGGAAGAAUACAAAGAAGAUGGGAGUGGGGAAGGCAUCUGCAAGCGAUGGGUCCUCCUUCGUGGUGGCCAGAUACUUCCCAGCAGGGAAUGUCGUCAACGAGGGUUUCUUUGAAGAAAAUGUUCUGCCUCCAAAGAAGUAAUUUGUCCGAUGUAACGGGAAGGUGACAGACGUAAGAACUUGGGUAUGAAGUGCCUAGAACAACAAAAACUCAGCUGUGUGUCUGUCCCUGUGGGUGUAUGUGCUUGUGUGUGUGGUGCUGCGAGUCUCUCGCACACACACUCGAUUAGACAGUUCUGCACGAAUUCAUUCUCAUCAAAGAAAUGAGCUUCAUGCUUUACCCUGAUGGUUCCCUAGACUGCAGUUAUUUGGACUUAGGGGGGGAGAAUCCAUUUGUAAACUUUUUAAAAAUUUUUUAAGCAAACUUCUUUUAUACCUUUCUUACUUAUAAUAUCCAUUCCUGGAAUUUCUGUAUUCUGAAUGUUUGUGAUGCUGAGAAAGUGAAGUUCAUUUUAUGUGACCUUCAUGCAUUGUAAUCUACUUUUGGUAGAUAUUUAAGGAUAUUAAACCCUCAAUAAAUAUGACAC